AUGUGAACUUUGCCCCCCGACCUCGGUGAACAUUUUGCAAAGGGUAUAUCAGAACAGGAAGGCAAGAGUCAAGAUGAGCGAGGUUACCGGGUCUUUUCUUCGUGUCGAGAAUCUGUUAUGGCCUGGAGUGGUCACCCUUAUCUCGGGAAUGCAGCUGGCAAAAUUUGCUGUCAAUGUGGGUGUUCAGAGGAAGAAGCACAAGGUACCCUACCCUGCAACAUCAGGGGAGCCUGCCUUCGAAAGAGCAUUUCGAGCGCAAAUGAACACACUGGAGUUCCACCCUAUCUUCAUGGCCUGUCUGUGGACCUCCUCCAUCUUCUUCCAUCCAGGUGUCACUGCAGGAGUGGGGCUGGUAUACAUAUACUCAAGACGGAGGUACUUCAACGCCUACUGUCAGAGUGUUGAGGGGAGAAUCCCAGAGUUCCUACUCGGUGUGAAGUGUCUCCAGAUUAUGCUGGUCACUGGUAUGGCUGGACUCAUCACGGUUGGCCUCCGGCACUACACUGGGAUUGACCUGGCCAGCAUCAUCCACUCCUACAUCAGCAAGGUGUUGCCAAUCAACUAGACCAGCGCUCAUUGUUAGGCUAAAAAAACAAUAGGCUUGGUUCUCAGGCACCGCCCGCAUCAUCAUAAAGUUUGCCACAUGUUUUGUUUUUAUUUCAAGUUUUAAAAAAUAUAUAAAAUUCCUAGUACUUAAAAACAAUGCGAACCAAUAUAGAACACAGUUACUUCCCCUUACAUUCACACUGCUCUACUGCACUUCUCGUGUUAUGGUCAUGGCGGCAAUAGGAGUUUGUAUGCUUGUUUAUGUAGGGAGGCCCUUUCCCAGGUUGAUGGUACACAACUGUUUAUUUGGUUACAUACUUGUUUGAACAAGCAACAACAAAAAGACACCGCCCACCCGCACUAUAUUUUAAAAAGUCAUUGCCUGAGAACCAAUUCUUUAAUUUUUUAAGCCUUAUGUCAAGCUAAUGAUUAACAGAUUAAUAUAUAUAUAUAUUAUUAUUAUACUUUAGAUAAACUACAUUUUAAUUUCUGUUUCAUCUCAAACAUAUUCAGGAAACAUUUGAAUACAUAGUCACCAUACACCAAUUGUGAUAUGACAGGUAGACACCAUUAAUCAUAUCUAGCUGGUCCACCGCUUCUUUUAAACCAGUGGUUUCAGAACAAAAUAGUUUUCCUGCAUGUCUUCAGCAAGUAGACUUGCCUAAAACCUGACUACAGAGGCUUUCUUGAUAUAAAGAUGGGCAUCUAGCCUAUAUCAAAGUCUAGUUUUCACAACUGGACCUUACAUAGGCUAGUGGACACUCUAACUUCGAGGGGGGCGGUCGGGUAGCCUAGGGGUUAAAACGUUCGCACGUCACGCCGAAAACCUUGGUUCGAUUUCCGACAUGGGUACAAUGUGUGAAGCCCAUUUCUGGUGUCCCCCGCCGUGAUAUUGCUGGAAUAUUGCUAAAAGCGGCAUGAAACCAAUCUCUCCCUCUCACUCACUCACUCACUCACUUUUACUUCAAGGAUGGAACUUGGGUGGACUACCACUCAUUUCAAAGAGUUCAAUUUAUACUACUGACUCUGGUAACAAGGCAAUGCAUUGUUUGGCUCCUGCAUCCUUACAGGAACUGAUAGUACCAUACAAGCCUGCACAUUCUCCCCGAUAAAAAAAUCAACAUGCUAAUUUGUGUCUUGUUGAUUUCAAACAUGUCAUACAACAUUUACAUUACAAUGCUGACCCAAUAUUACUUCUUUUUACAUUUGGGGGCCACGGGUGGCCCAGGCAUCUAAGGCGCUGCAAUUCGCUGUGCAGAGUUGCAUCCCUUGGACACACAAGAAACCUAUGAUUGUAGGUUUGAAUCCCGCUUUGCCCCAAUUAUGUUUCUAGGUUUGUGGCAAAUGUCUGGUACCUGCAUCACAUCAGGCUUUCCUCCCACAUUAAGCUGAUAUGCCGUGAUAUAACUGAAAUACUGUUAAAAGCGGCGUUAAACCCAAUUCACUCUUUUUACAUUGGGGCAGAUUUCCCUGCAGGAUAUUUCUAAGCUACUCAUGAUCUAUGCAACCAAUCAGGAACUCCUCGUGCUUAAGUUUGUACAGUGGGAUAUGGCACUCCAUACUGGCUUGUAUUCACUAGCAUCUUCAUGUUUCCAUUGUGCAGAGAAGCACAGCUGAUAAAACGGUGCCUUGAGGCCAGCUCCCAUCUUCGAUACACCACAAAGUACCACAUUAUUUCGUCACCUGUUUCUCAUCUUCCUGAGGUAAGGGAGUUAACUGACUGUAAAAGGCAAGUUCCCACUCUUGCCAAACCAGGCUGGAUUUUCUGGGCUCAAUCGUAGCGUGGCUAUUAUGAGUUAUGUCCCUUCUAUAUCCUUCCUAUUGACCAAUUAGAUUCCACCUCUGAUAUCACUUGCAUUUGAUUGAAUUAUUAUGGCGUCGCCCUGUGAAGGUGAUCUGAUCGAUAAUAACAUCUAUAAGUGCAUCAAAUCACAUGAGCACCUUGAUUAAAAACAUAAAAAGAUUUUGAAAAUAUCUGUUGACGCUUAGUUGUCGGUACACAUGCUUUGCAAAUCCUGCAACCGACUGAAAUCUGCACAGCAGUUUCGAACCCGAUGUCGAUUUCCUUACGUGAUUUUGAUUUGACUGUGCAUAGACUCGUUAGUGCAGCCAAAAUAUGACUCCGUAAUUCCAGCCUUGUUCGGCAAGGAUGGAAACUGGACUUUUAUAGUCGGUUAACGCCCUUGUCUCGGGAAGAGGCAUGUUUGACAUCAGUUUGUUGGACUGUGUUCUGAGAAAUAUGUUUUAUCCAUUCAUUUGUUAAUGUUUUAAUAACUUGUUGAUUAUGUCAGUUAUACUGUUGAUGCUGAAGUGAUACAUAGGAUGUAUAGCGAAACCUCGUUAAUCCGGAUACAUUUGUUACCAGUGAAAUUGUCCGGAUUAACAAAUGUCUGGAUUAAAGAACAAUUGUGUUGGAGAAAUGUCCUAUGACUGUAAGUAUACAUUUCUGAGAGUAUUGUUCAAGGGUUUCCAGACUAACGAGGCUUGACUAACAUAGUUUCUCUGUAAAAAUCCUAUCAGUGGGUUCUUCAUGUAAAGCUCUGGUAACACAGUAUACACCAGCCUCGCCAUCAUGGACCGUGAAACGCUGUUUAUCCAGACCCUCUUUGGGACAAUCUUGCCUCGGUAAGAUGGAGCCUGUCUGGAAUGCUUUCUUUGGGACAAUCUUGCCUCGGUAAGAUGGAGCCUGUCUGGAAUGCUCUCUUUGGGACAAUCUUGCCUCGGUAAGAUGGAGCCUGUCUGGAAUGCUCUCUUGGGACAAUCUUGCCUCGGUAUGAUGGAGCCUGUCUGGAAUGCCCCUUUGGGACAAUCUUGCCUCGGUAAGAUGGAGCCUGUCUGGAAUGCUCUCUUUAGGACAAUCUUGCCUCAGUAAGAUGGAGCCUGUCUGGAAUGCCCCCUGUGGGACAAUCUUGCCUCAGUAAGAUGGAGCCUGUCUGGAAUGCCCCCUUUGGGACAAUCUUGCCUCAGUAAGAUGGAGCUUGUCUGGAAUGCCCCCUUUUGGACAAUUACUGUUGGAAAUAUACUACACAAAUUGGAAAGGGAUAUUCUGCGUGUCCAGGCGGAAGAUAAAUGGGACUGUUGUUUGGAGAGGUUGUUUUGAUGUCUUACAAAUAAGAUGCGAUUCGGGCUGACCUGAACUUUUUAAGAAUAAACAAAAGUAAACACUUAUAUAUGAUGUUUUCUCCUGACUUUUGUAAGAGUUUGAGCUAGCACAGUAUCACCAUCAGGAGAUUAGUAUUGUUCAGACUCACGCAUGUGAGUGAACGAUUCAUUUUGUCAUCGUGUGGGAACAGAAGUGAAGCCUGCAUGUCACAAAUUUUGACUUCUUCCCAUUCAGUGUCUCAACCAUUCUGUGAAGCUCAUUUCUUGUGUCCGAACCGUGAUAUUGCUGGGAUAUUGCUUAAAGCGGCGUAAAACCAUACUCACUCUCUCAGGGUCUGAACACAAACACCUGCUGUUUAUACUAUGCAAUACGGUUUACUAUAUUGCGGAAAUCUUCUAAACCUAGGCACGCAUGUUCCCAUAGUUACUUUUGUUUAUUAUUACCGUAUUCGACGUAAUAAGCGCC